AUGACGUGUCCGUCUCACACGAAUGACGUAUCAACUUCGGCUCCACGCACAAUCCGUUGUUUUGCCUCUACCUUUGUAGCUAGCUAGCUAUGAAUAUUGUUACAAGUUAUGUUGUAUGUAGAGUUAGCGACGUUUGCCCGACAGCUUGGUGAAAUUGCACCGUAGAAAGUCUUCAGUUAGCUACCAACAGAGAAGUGGUACGUUUAGAAGACCCUGCAACACCAUUGGCUUGCUUAGGAGAUCUGACAACAGGACUCUGAUGCAAACUGUUUCGUAGCUAGCUACAUGUAUAUACAUAAUAUUCCACGGUAUCAUUAUUCCAUAUAGUACGCUCUGCAGAAUGAAUAUCAGCAUGGGUGCCAAAAAUAAGAAGCGAGUGGUACUUCCAAGUCGACCAGAUCCGCCCACUGUGGAGCAAAUUCUUGAGGACAUCAACAGAGCCUUUUCAAAUGAUCCAGUCUUCAGCGUCCUGGAAGGUGUCAACCAAGAUGCCAAGAGGGGGUCCUCAGACAAUGAAGCAGAGACAAAGUACCUUCAGAGCCGCAGGUACUUGGAGAUGAACGAGCGGCUUCAGGAGGUUAGAGGUGAACUUGUACAGCAGAGGGAGGAACUGUGGGUGGCCAAAGAGCAGUUGGAGAUCAGUGUUGCCGAGGUCAAAGGGAGAGCCCUCUGACCAGUCUUCACUCAGGGCUGGGGGAGCACAUUACCUCAGUUUAAACAGAUUAAUCAGGAAUUAACUUGGCUUCCUUGAGUCAUGCCACCUCAAUCUCGCAGAGGAGGGUCUCAUAGCAGAAAAUAGAAAUUGGACAUAACAUAUUGUUGUUCUGAAUCAUUGUUGGAGUUGAAAAUUGUCUCCAUAAAUUGGUGUGACUUUUCACGAAAUGUUAAAGCAAAUUAGUUAUGUGUAUUGUCUACAUGUUCUAUAAUGACAAUUAAUAAAAUAAUUAUUUGUGAACAAAUA